AUGGUUUUUAUCCUUCAUAAUGACUGCAUGAAAGAAAUUGGAUAUGUUGAGGAAGGCAAGAAGAAUUCUGUUCAGAAGAGUAUCCAGUGCCACACUGUGGAAAAGACAAGCAAGCACAAGACCGGGUUAAAUCUCCAUGGUCUGCUUGGGCGGAAGAUGAGUCAAGCCUUCAGGUCGUCUUACGCAGAUGCAGACAAGAACAAAGGCAUCACCUGGGGAAAAUGCACCCUGCUGAUGCAGUACUUGGAGGAUCCCAAGAUACACUCCCUGAAACCAAUUGAUCUUUGCUGGCGUUUAGAGAGGGCAGACUUGAUAGUUUAUCUCAAAAGAGCUAUUAAUGAAUAA